AUGGAGUGCAAGGGGUCCCAACCAACAGGAGUGCAAGGGGUCCCAACCAACAUCUUUCGGGACCCAAGCCAACCUCGCCUGCCCGCGGUGCACUCUGCUGAUCAACGAAAGAGGCUCUGGCAACCCGCCAACACGCACUGGACCAGCGCGGCGGGUUAUGGUCCGUAUCCCCCACAUGAUAGUGGACAAAGUAGCACGGCCCCUAGUGCCCGGGGGCUCCGGCUGCAAGGCUGGCGU